AUGGGGAAGCCAAUGGACGUCGACGUCGAUCCAAAACCUUUGAAACGAAAGGGGAGUCCAAGCGGCUCAGAUGACUCGGACGAUAAAUUGGUUCCAAAAGUAUUUGGCAGUGAUGGGAAGCCUUUUGUCAACCCCGGUGAUCAGACCGUCAAGGAAUCCUUCAAUGCAAAGGCGAUCGCUCACAGCGACAAGAGUGAUCUUCCCAAACAGAAGAUGCCACAUCGUUAUAACGUCAUAGAUUUCUUCAUGGUUGAUGCUAUCUGGCAUGAGAAGAUAGGAGAAGAUACUGGAGUUAAAUUUCGACUUCAAAAGCUUGAUCUCUCGAAGAAGAGUUGGUGGGCUGAAAAAGGUUCGCCUGAUCCGACUCUUUGUAGUGAAAGAGACUUCGAUCUAACCCCCGACUCUCAUACAUGUGGCACAUGCAAUACUACAAAUCAUCGGGUUUACAGAAAUAUGGAAAUGUGUCUUAAUAAUGAGUGUCCUGAAUUCUGGAAAGUAAAUGGAGUCGAUCCACCUGAGACGCGAGAACUUGAUCCAAAUUUCUUGGCCUGGCGCCAGAACUAUGACCUGAAAAAGCACCUUGAUCUAGCCCCUCACGAACUGAUCCCUCAGAUUCCGGAUAUUACACCCGAAAACCACAGAGAGUACCGCUCAGGAGACAAGGCAAAGAUGGGGAUUGUUUGUUCGCAGUGUGGGAGAUGCCUUCCUCGGAUAAAACUCAACGGUUGGAGGUGUGACUUUUCGCAUAUGAAUAUUGUGAGUUAUUAUAACUUGGAGAACUCAGAAUCUCGAGAUAAUGACACUGGCUGCACCUGGAGCCUCUUGUGUGACCCCGAUCCUAUCCGAGUCGAAGGGUUAAUCGACCUGGAUAGCCUAAGCCGGUUUUAUGCAAACCCUCAUAGUGAUAUUAGCGGGGAAGCCAUCACGAAAAGUAGUGAUUAUACUUCUUUUGCGCCUUACAAAAUGGAAAUGUAUACGAUUGCUGGUGUAGGAACAGUGACGCAUUUUAUCUCCAAUACAGACAUCAAUCAAAAUUUGAAUGGACCAAAUCAUCUAUUCGAGAGCUUCCAGAUAAAUGACCUUGGGCUUCGACGACAUCGCCCUGAUAAAAUACAGGAUAACACAGCAAGUGCAGUGACAAAUCAAUUCUUAGUCAACAUCGGUCUGCGAUAUCAAAAUUUUACUUCACUUCACUUUUAUGAGACGCAUCGGGAUGUUCGUCUCGCAUACGCGCGCCUCGACUGGGCUAUUCGGCGUGUAGUUUUAGCAUCCCGCAUUCAAUACGAACUGCCAAACGAACUUUCAAUUAUAGGCUAUGUAAAGAACAUGGCAAUGGAGUUUCAUGAUGACGGAACGGUAGGCUCAGCAAUUGCAACCCUUUCUCUAGGAGAAAGGGCCACCAUGACCUUCCGGAUGAAGCAGGAAUACUACUACGGGUGCCGGAACUAUAAUGCCAGAAGGGAACUCAAGGACAAAUUUGAUGGAAAUUUGUUAACCAAGAAGGAGUACGAUGAUCAGCGAAAGGAAGUUUGCAAAAAAGCCGGCACUUCUCCAGUCUGUCUCACGAUACAGCUUUAUCAUGGCCAUAUGACUGUCAUGAAUGGAACUGAUAUUCAGAAAUAUUACGAGCAUUGUGUGACACCUGAUGGUGGGCUGCGAUUUGCAGUAACGGCUCGACAUGUCCCUGAGAAUACUGUUCCGCGGGAAGAUCUCUCGAAGGGUCAGAUUGAACUUGAUGUCGACGAUUUUUAUGAUGGAGAUCCAUUGUUAGCUUAA